AUGGCAGAUUUAAAUGAUCCUCCAAGUUCAUCAAGUGAUUCGGAAAUUCGUGAGAUGUUUUGUGAACAUUGCAAGAGGGACGACAGUAUUGAGGACGUUCCAACUGCUGAAGGAUUUUGCUCGACUUGCACGGAAUAUAUAUGCAAAACAUGCGUAAAAUACCAUCGUACUAACAGGAUUGGCCAUAAAAUACUGGACAAAAAAGAGAUGCCGAAGGAUUUGUGCAUGACAAACUGUUCAAAGCAUACAGCAAAACUGAUUAAAUUCUAUUGUGAUAAAUGUAAAGUAUUUGCAUGUUCUGAAUGUACAACUGAAUACGGUAUUUUCAGUGCACAUCGCAGGGCGCUUCAUAAGUGGAUACAUCUUCCGGACUUUGUGAAAGAACUCGAGUUGCACGACAAGUCAUUGGCAAUGAUUAAAGAAAUAGAAAUUUUUGAAAAGGAAAUCUGUCGUAUGGAAGAAGCAACCCUUACCAGCAAGGCGUCUAAUGAAGAAUACAAGAAUAAAGCAACGGAUGAGGUCAGAAUACAGCAAACUGAAAUUAAUAGGAUGCUCACCAACUUCGACGACCAGAUGAUAAAGAGCAUAGAAGAGAUCGUCUCCAUAAACGACAAAACUAUAGCAACCAGUUCGGUCAAAAUCAAUGAAUUGAAAUCAGAAAUCAGAGAUAUCAAAACUAAGAUAGAAAGAAAAGAAGCGCUUGGAAACAAGUGCGAAUUAUUUAUUGACAUAAGUAAUUUUCUGGAAUAUAAAAAUUCGCUGGAGAAUAAAGUUAAAGAGCUAUCACAAGAGGCCAAAAUAAUGCGGUUUGAGUUCCAUCCGAAAAUAUUAAAAUGUUCCGACAUGGGAGAGCUGAACACGUUCAAGUCACUCAGAGCAAUGAAACUGCGAUGUGAAAUUGCACUGGGGGAUUCUAUUUCGGGUACUAAUUACACGUUUAGUGAUAUUUGUUUGAUGAAUGAAUAUAGUUUUGUGGCAACAGUUAGUGAAAAACGCAGCAUUAUUACUCUGGUGCCGAGAAAAUUUCCAUGUUUGGAGGAAAACCAUUUAAAUACAGUUAUCAUGCGUUCUGCACCAGCGAGAGUAACACGAUUUAAUCAAUCCCUAUUUGUGGUAACAUUUCCUUACGAAGGAAAGAUAAGAUAUUUUAGAAUUUUAGACACGCAUAAAAUUUCUGACACCGGCCAAGAUAUUGAUAUUGGAAUGGGAUGCCUGGGUAUUGUGUUUAACAACAUUGCAAAAACAUUUGUUGUCUCGUUUAAAUGGCCUUCAAGCAAACUCGUCACCAUCGACAAGGCGGGACAUAUUUUGCAAACCUUAGAAAAGGACGAGUUCGGGAACAAGUUUUUUAUGAAUCCGUGGUAUCUAACAUUAAACAUCAGUUGCGAUAUGCUGUACGUUUCAGACAACCAAAGUUCAAAGGUUAAGUGUAUCAAGCUAGAUAGAAAAAACGCGUACUGUUUUAGCAAGACAAGCGUUUGCACUGGAGAAUUAUCAAUCGAAGUUAGUCCUCCUUCAGGGAUAUCAGGGAUAACAACAGAUGAUGCUGGACAUGUCUAUAUCUGUAGCUGUUUUGGGAUAACACGGUACGCAAGUGAUUUAAAAUUCAUAGACACUGUGGACCGCAAAUCAAGUCGAUGUAUUGCAUACUUUGAUAAAAAUCAGUGUAUCUGCGUCGGAAGGAUGGGAUAUAUCUCAAUUUUUCUACUAGAGUAA